ACAAAGCGGUGCCCUGACGAACGCCCCCCCAACGAGUUCUUCUCCUAAUCAAGAGCCCCCCCAAGUGAAUGGUAUGCCGCAGCAAGGAAAUAUCCCCCGAUCUACUGCUACGGUGCAUCCUUUCACUGUAGAUACCAGGCAGAUGGCUGCUCGACAAAACCCGAUGUAUCAACAGAAUAUCUAUUCUCCCUACCCUCAGUAUUCCGCAGCAAAGCAGCAACAGAGCGUUCUAGCCGCCAACUACCCCAUUCACCCUGAUGUGAAAUUUCGACGACUUCCUUUUACAGAACAGCACGCCUCUGAAAUAUGUCAUCUUUGUCUCAUACAGGUAACAUAUUCAUUAAUACAAGAAGGCACUUUCUACUUCCACCUCACCCCUCAGCAAGCUACCGACAUAGCCAGUUCCAGAGACAUCAGACCAGGAGUGAAGUGCGACUACGUGAAGCAGGUCCAGAUGAGGUUCUGCCUGCUGGAAACUACUUGCGAGCAAGAAGACUAUUUCCCUCCGAACGUAGUCGUGAAAGUGAACAACAAGUUGUGCCCCCUACCGAACCCCAUUCCUACCAAUAAGCCAGGGGUGGAACCAAAGCGCCCGCCUAGGCCCGUGAACAUAACGCAGAUGGUGAAGUUGAGCCCAACUGUUGCGAACACCAUAUCCGUCUCGUGGGCAGCAGACUACGGCAGGGGUUACGCAAUAACGGUAGGGUUGGUUCACAAGCUGAGCUCUUUGGAUCUCCUGCAGCGGCUCAAGAACAAGGGGAUAAAGAACGCAGACCAUACGAGAGCGCUGAUCAAAGAAAAACUGAACGACGACGACUGCGAAAUAGCCACAACGUCGCUCAGGGUGUCGCUGAUGUGCCCCUUGGGUAAGAUGAGGAUGACUACCCCAUGUCGAGCGAUAACCUGUAGCCAUCUGCAGUGCUUCGACGCUUCGCUGUUCCUCCAGAUGAAUGAACGGAAACCGACUUGGAACUGCCCGGUGUGUGAUAAGCCGUCGCUGUACGACAAUCUGGUGAUUGACGGAUAUUUCACAGAAGUGCUGAGCUCCUCCAUUCUUUCUCCGGAUUGCAAUGAAAUCCAGUUGAACAAGGACGGCACGUGGAGCGUGCAAGUCCAAGACAAGAAGCAAGUGAAAAUUGAUAAGCCAACGGUGAUCGGUAUCGACGAUUCCAUAGAGAUCAUCGGAGACGAUGUCGAAAUCGUGACCAACUCGGCUACUUCUUCGUUGGUUGCGGAAAAACCUAAAGAAGCCGAGAAGGAAGCGCCCAAACCAGAAGAAAAGAAGAAAGACAUAGUGGACCUGACCAUUUCCGACUCCGACGACGAUGAACCUUUGGCUAAAAGAAGAGCCAUCAAUCCCAAGCCAGACUCUACCAGCAUCUCGUCAAGCAGCAACCAGUCAAGAAUAACCACAACGCCGGGCCCUUCUUCGGUUUCCAGCUCAGGCUACCCUGCCAGCCCUUCAGUCAUCAACCUGGACAGUCCUUCACCGCCGAGAUCGCCACAACCCCAAGCGGGCGUCCAGCAACAGCCGCUCCAGCAGCAGCAACCGCCUCCAGCCCAACCCGCCUCUUGCAUGCUUGCCAGCCAGACGAACGGAAACGCCAAGCCUACCGCGACGGCGGUGCCCUUCAUGAGCCCCAACAGUAUGCCGUUCUUAGAUCUGGACGGCGAGGCGGCCGGUGCCGCGACUUUGAAUUAUCCGACGAGCUAUUGACAAGGGGGGGAUUUUGUGCGCGAGGGGCGUUAUUGUUUUAUUUGAGAGUGUACAGUUAGGAUUGAUCAGAUUUUUCGAAAUGAAUUCGGUCCUAAGUGGAAGUGCACUGCCAAGGAUAUUUUUACUUUGUGCCUGUAUAUUCUAAUAUUCAUCCAUGGAAGUUUGCAGAUUGGAAAGCUGACUUUUUUGUAACUAUUUGAUACGUUUUCAAUAUUUUAGAAUUGAGUUGUUACCACUGAUAGUUUUUCAUUGAUAGUGAACUUUUCUCAGAGAAAACUUUAUUUAUAUAACUCAGGUGUGACGACAGUACGGGGAACAAAAACUUAAUUGGCCUGAGGACUUGACAAGGCGCAUAUGGAAGUUUUCUUAUUACAUACUACAGGCUUGUAUGGUCCUAAAAGUUUUAUAUUCAUCGCAAGAGAUUAAAUUUGAUCUUGUGAAGAGUGAAAGGUAUGGCGCCCAAUGAGGGGCGGUUUGAGGAUAAUUGGUAAUUCAGGCUAUAUAAUUUCAACAAUUCAAACACGUAGAGAUUUGUUGUUCUUGGCUUGUCUCUUGGAGUUUGGUCAGUUACUAAUCUUUAGCAACUGUCAAAACCGGCCUCAUAGUUUUUUAUUGGUGAACAGAACAUUUUUGGAGUCCAUUUAUAUUGUUUGGUAUGUUUCGGAAAUGAAAUUUCAAACAACUGACGUUUCAAAGAGUUGAUUUCAAUAUUGGAUGGAGCCUGAUUUCCUAUUCCAGUUGGUUUUACCUGUAAACCAAAAAUAUUGUUAGUAAUAUAGUUAUUUAUAUCAAAAAUUGUCAAUAAAAGAUGGAAAUAGAUAUUUUCCUAAAAGAACGAA